UCGGGGGGAGCGCAGCCCCCAGGGAUGCAGGGAGGGGUUAAGAGCCAGAGCUGAGCAUCUGAGCAUUCACCCCGUCACAGUCACAGCCUCCUCUCCGCUCCUCCCGCGGGGAUGGAGCCGGGCUGGAACAGCUCCCGUCGUGGCUGGGCUGGGCACGGCAAGGGGGUGCAGAGCCCCCAGGCCCUGGCUGGGGACCCCAACGUGACCCUGCUGCACAGCCGGGAUGAGGAGCUGGCCAAGGCAGAGGUCGGGGUGCUGGCCACCAUCCUGGUGGUGGCAACCGUGGGCAACGUGGGGGUGCUGCUGGCGAUGUACCGCCUGAGGAGGAAGAUGAGCCGCAUGCACCUCUUCAUCCUGCACCUGGGGCUGACCGACCUGGGCGUCGCGCUCUUCCAGGUGCUGCCACAGAUGAUCUGGGAGGUGACGUACCGCUUCCUGGGGCCAGACCCUCUCUGCAGGGCCGUCAAGUACCUGCAGGUGCUGAGCAUGUUUGCCUCCACCUACAUGCUCAUCGCCAUGACUCUGGACCGCUACGUGGCCGUGUGCCACCCGCUGCGCACCCUGCAGCAGCCCAGCCGCCGGGCCUACGCCAUGAUCGGGGCCACGUGGCUGCUCAGCUCCCUGCUCAGCCUGCCCCAGGUCUUCAUCUUCUCCCUGCGGGAGGUCCGGCAGGGCUCGGGGGUGCUGGACUGCUGGGCGGACUUCAGGUACCCGUGGGGAGCCCGAGCCUACAUCACCUGGACCACGCUGUGCAUCUUCAUCCUGCCCGUCGGCAUCCUCACCGUCUGCUACAGCCUCAUCUGCUACGAGAUCUGCAAGAACCUCAAGGGCAAGACCCAGAGCUGCGCCCCCAGCACGGGGGGGCCCACAACAGCCCCCCCCGCCCCCUGCUCCUCCGAGAAGGGCGGGCAGUGCCCCGGCGGGCAGCCCUCGCGCGUGAGCAGCGUGCGCACCAUCUCCCGGGCCAAGAUCCGCACGGUGAAGAUGACUUUUGUCAUCGUGGUGGCCUACGUCGCCUGCUGGGCACCCUUCUUCAGCGUGCAGAUGUGGUCGGUGUGGGACGAGGAUGCUCCCGACGACGAGUCAACCAACGCAGCCUUCACCAUCACCAUGCUGCUGGCCAGCCUCAGCAGCUGCUGCAACCCCUGGAUUUACAUGUUCUUCAGCAGGCACCUGCUGCGGGACGUGGGGCGCUGCCUCUCCUGCUGGUGCAGCCCCCGGCCCAGGCUGCACAGGCAGGUCUCUAACGGGAGCCUCUGCAGCAGGAAAACCACUGUCCUGAGCCCCAGCCAGCACGGCGGCCUCCCCCUGCGCGGGGGCAGCUCCAGGAACCUCAACCUGCCCAAGGAGGAGGCGGUGACCGAGUCGGGCAUGCUCUAGGCUGUUGGUUUUGCUGGAAGCUGUGUGCUUAACCCACAAGGCAUCACUGCCCUUCUCGUCCUCGUGGGCUCGCUACUGCAUGUGCUGCGUCUGUUGCAUGCCUCGGGGAUGGACAGAGCCCCAACAGCCCCAGAGCAACCUUCAUCUCCCUUGUGCGCCAUGAAGCCUCCCGCUGCCAGCCUGCUGCACAGCCCAGGCAUGCUGGGGGAUGCUGAAUCAGCGCAGCUUUUAGGAGAGACCUGAGCUCUGGGGGCUUAGCAGAUGCCAGCAAAGCAGCCUGAGCACAGCAGGAGGCAAUGCAGCUGCAUCUGCCUGAGAGCUCCCUGCCCAUCUCCCAUCCUCAGGGCUUUGCUGGGGAGCAGCCAACACAAACAACUUCCCCACACCCUGCAUGUGUCCCCAGGGCUGCAGCACACACAGCUGCUGCAUUGCAUUGACCCCUGCAGCAUUGCACCCAGGUGCAAGUGCCCCAAAUGCAGCACGGACACCGCUAGGAGCUGCUUGGAGGAACCCUGGCCCUCCUCCAGCUCGCCCAGGCAAAUCCUGUCUCCCUCCCAUCAGGUUCACCCUUCCUGUAUCACCAGUUAUUGUGCAGGGCUGCUCUGUGCUGUUAAACAGCUGCUGCAUCUCAUUAAAGAGCUGUUCUCAAAUUGCUGCUGCUGCUUCUUUUGUCUUGUUCAGCCAGGACUGGAGUGCCAAAACCACCCAGGGCUCAGGGAUAGCCUCAGAGCACCCCAGCAGUGCUGGGAGCAGAGAGGGGCGGCUGGGAAGAGCCACAACCUUAUGGCCCCAGCCCCUCUCCCCACCUGCUGUGGGUCUCCCUGGAAAAUUUUGUUUAAAAGCAAAGCAUGAGCAAGGCUGGACAGAGCAUCCCCACGCUCUGGGGCAACACUGUUGGGGGAUAUACAGGUGCCCCAAGGGCAGGGUACCAAAUUCCCUGCAAGAAAGAUGCAUCAUUCCCUCCAUCAUCACUAAAUCUACAAAAAUAAGAGUAAGAGUAAGCUAUAGAGAAAAUGCUUUCAGAUUUCAAAAUCAUAAAGUAUUUGAAUCAGUUUUUCCAGCAACUUCCCCUGGCUGGCUUUGACCUCACCCCUAACUCCAUAAACCCAUUUCUGCUGGGCUUCAGCAGCACUUCCCAGGGAUGGGACGGGUUUUGAACCUCUUUCUCCACUCAUUCUCUGAGUUGGGCUGGUUCUGCACAGCAAGACCAUUCAGACAGAAGUGCCUGACCCCAGAGCCCAACACCACCAGCACCAAACAGUCAACUCACAGUUCCUGCAGGGCAGAGUGAGACUUGCCUGUAAGUAAGUAAGAGUAAGACUUGCCUGUGCUUCCACAGACAGCUAUGAUCCAGUCCCGCACCUCUCACAGCCCCAAGGGAGCAGCAACCAGCCUCUGCCCUAGGAGAGGGGAUUUAAAACCCCGGGAGCCCCCAGCCCAGCCAGCUCUGCUGAUGCUCACGGCUUUCAGCUGGGAGAGGCGACACCUGCACCACCCCGCACCCAGCUCCAAGGGCGAUGGAGGCUCGGAGAGGU